AUGCAGACCAUGCCGCCCCGAGCGUCCUUGACCAGCUCUUUCUCCGUCACUGAUGCCAACAAUGAAGUCGUCUGUCCGUUGAAAAAUAAUGAUGGUUCCAAUUGCCGGAAAAGAUGCUUGGGAGAAAAGCGCUAUCGCUCUAUGCAGGAGCACAUUCGACGGGCCCAUCCCAAUCACUACAUUCCGAAGCUCCCGGCUACCGAGGAGAGCUUUAUCUUGAUGGUCACCACCCCUCCCGAUCAGCGGGCCAACCUCUCUCCUCCAAACCAGACUCAAUCCAGACGGCGCAAUGAUGUCGUCGACCGUGAUAUCUAUGUCGCAGAUGCUAGCUCUCCCGCAACCCCCCGCGGCGUCGAUGAAGCUCAUCCGGCUGCGGCAACUGCGGCUGUUGCUCUAGCCCAGUUACAUCAUAACCGCCUGGCCUCGGAUUGGGACACAGACAUGGAAACCCACUCCGAUAAUGACAUCGGGAGAACCCCAAUGCGAUCGACCAUUGAACUGCCGUCCCUUCGCGACCACUUCAAGCAGGAAUCGCUUCCUCCCUUUUCGUCGCCUCGCCCAAGAGAGCUUCUGCCUUCCAUUCUUACUCAUUCCCCCCCCGGUCGCUCCUCGACGCUUCCCCCGAUCCAGAGGAGAGAUAAGCUUCCCCGACCCCGCAAGUCCUCCAUUUCCGGCGCCCGAAAGCCAAAACACGAACGGUCCAAAUCAAAGGAAUACGCACGGCGCCCAAGUUUAGGUGAUCGGAAAGCUCUUUCGGCAGAGCCACAGACUGCUGCCUGGGCGCAAGGCAAGCGUUGGGAGGAUUUGAUCGAGGCCGCGACAUCAGCAACUGAAGUUGACGAUGAUCGCCAAUCAGAGAUGGGCCGGUCGCCAACCAUUACACCCUUGAUUUCCAAUAUUACCUCGGCACCGUCAGCACACAAACACCGUUCAUCCCUGCCGCCAGCGUUCCAAUCGGCUUCCGGUUUCCCUCCACCCACGUCGCAUCGCCCGUUUCCACCACCGCAUUCUUACACCGCCUCGCCUUUGCACAAGUCACUCACCCCGCCGCCGUACGAAUUCUCGCGCAGCCGUGACAACGAUCUGGAGCCGUUCCCGUCGAUUGAGUCAUCCCUGGAUUCGGCGUCGUCGGCCUCUGGCAAGACUUUGGGAUUCUCCAAUCAUCUCAACUCGACCGCCAAUCCGGAUUCCAGCCCAGUCUUGAAUCUAUACCCGUCUUCUGCAGUCCAGCGACAGCACCAUCGGUUCAGCAACCCGACCCCCGCGUCUUUCCGUAGCAGGGAAAUCCAAAUUUAUUGUGCCCACUGCAAGCGGCCAUGGGCGUUGAAUGAAUGUUACGCCUGCACUGAGUGUAUUUGCGGGGUAUGCCGUGAAUGUGUCGGCAUGUUCAUCGGCAGCCCGCCGACCCCAUUCAAGAACGUCACGUCCAGCCCGGGCAGCGCCAUGUCCCAUGGACCAACUAGUUAUCCCGGUGCCCGGGGAUGCCCUCGGUGCAGGACGGUAGGCAGCAAAUGGAAAGCCUUUCAGUUGGAUUUCAAAUGA